CAUGGAGACAGAUGAUACUAGAAAUCGACUUCGGUUCCAACUGGAGUUGGAAUUUGUUCAGUGUCUGGCAAACCCCAAUUACCUAAACUUUCUUGCACAGAGAGGGUACUUCAAAAACAAAUCUUUUGUAAAUUAUCUUAAAUAUUUACUUUACUGGAAAGAACCUGAAUAUGCCAAAUACCUAAAGUAUCCUCAGUGUUUGCACAUGUUAGAGCUGCUCCAAUAUGAACACUUCCGUAAAGAACUGGUAAAUGCUCAGUGUGCUAAAUUUAUUGAUGAGCAACAGAUCCUUCACUGGCAGCAUUAUUCACGGAAAAGAAUGUGUCUCCAGCAAACACUGGCAGAGUAGCAGCAACAGAACAAUACUUCUGUAAAAUGAGAGCGUUUGACACAGUGGCAGCAUUUACUUCAUGUCAAUACACGUAUUUGCAAGGGAAAAUUUGACUUAUUUUUGUAGCUUUGGCAUUAGUGAUAUACAUAACCUCAUGUGCUAAUGUAGACAGAGAACGUUUUUGGUUUAUCAAGUGACUGUUUUCCUAUCAACAAGUAGUAUCCACGUUAACGUGAUGUAGCUGAUGUAUACUUUGUUGAACCUUCAGUGAUGGUUUUGUCUUUUUCCGAAGAAAGAGUACAGUCUUAAGAUCACUUUUGGCCUUCAUGCAUGUAACUAUUUUGAAAACUAAAUGUGGUUAUCUAAGGUCCCUGUUACCUUGGUAUCUAACCAUGGAGUUACUGAAAGAAUUUGUAGUUGAAAAGCCUGUGUUUGAAGGCAUAU